CAUUCAAGUCACGAGUCUUGAGUAACGUACAACGUUCUGUUGCGACGCAAACGAUGGAGGCAAUACGCUUGCCGACGAUCGUUUUGAUGGCCGUUUCGAUUUUCGCUGACACCGCCCCAACCGUGGAAGGAAGAUACGUGAUCGACCCAGUGGUGGAGAGAGAGAUGGAGCUCUGGAGUGACGCCAAUGAUGUGGAGUCAACACUGACCCGAACUCCCAUCAUCAUUCCUUCUGUAACCGGAAAGCUCGUCGCUCUCAGUGCGGCGAGAAGAGGUAACGGCGGAGACGGUUCGCUCAAGGUUAUGCUGUCGCGUCGCAGUCACGAUAACGGAAAUACUUGGGACCCGACGGUUGUCGUUCUCGAAGAUCUGAGGUCUUCUCCUGGUGGAAUGAACCUUGGAGCUGUGCUCACGGACCAUAUGACAGGCGAGAUUAUGGUGGUUUACUCUCACUGUGCGCACGAUUGCGAGAUACCAAAGACGUACCUUAUAAAGAGCAAGGACGAAGGAGAAACGUGGGGGAAUCCUGUUGAGCUGAAUGUAACCAAAGACAUCAAAGUCUUUGCGCCCGGUCCCGGACAUGGAAUUCAGAAAAAGCACAAGCCUCAUAUAGGAAGACUCAUAUUCUGUGGCCAUGGUGGUACAAUUAGCCUUGACGGCGUAUUCUGCAUAUGCAGUGACGAUCACGGAGAAACCUGGACGCGAUAUAUUGACCUACCCAGCAUACCUUUCGGCCAUACGAAUAAAGAGGGAGAACUAGCGCCAGACGAAAACCAGGUUGUAGAGCUCAAGAACGGCUCUCUACUCUUCACGAUUCGCAAUCAACUGCACUACAAGGCGGCAGCUAGAAUAUUUGCCCUCAGCGACAACGGGGGUGAGACCAUCAACCUGAAGAGCAUUCAGAUUAAUGAAAGAAUGCCAGACUCAGGCGUAGACAGCGGAAUGAUCUACCUAGAAGGGUACAACCUUCUGCUCCAUUCCAAUCCCUUCAACAAAGCGAGCAGAAUAAACAUGACGCUCUCGUGGAGCUACGAUGAGGGAGCUACCUGGAGAUGGUCGGAUCACUUGAACAUUUGGCCUGGAUCCAGCGGCUACUCUUGCCUCACUCCCAUUCCUAAUCAUCCGGGUUAUGUUGGCUUGCUGUUUGAAAAAGGGGCAGAUGAUAAGAAAUUCGUGUCGUUCAUAAUUAUUAAUCUUCGACCGAAAUGGCAAAAAGACUAGACAAUGACUGUAAGCUAGGAGACGACCUGCUGUCUAGUUAUUGACUAUAGAUAGCAAAACAAUCUUAUUGUAAAAACCUUUUAGUAAACCUUUAGAUAUAAAAUUAUUUGUCAAAUAAAUCAAGCCAAUAAACAGAGGUGA